AUGAGGCCCAUUCUCGCAUUCGCAGCAAGAACCGCCGUCCGCUCGCGCUUCAACCCCGUUUCUUUCCCCGUCCUCCGCUCAAGAACAUACGCAAUGGGUCACAACAUCCCUCCGCUCAGCGACAAGUCGCUCCUCAAGACCAAGACGUACAUCAACGGCGAAUGGGUCGGCGCAGCCUCAGGCAAGACCUUCGAGGUCACCGAUCCCUCGACCGGCGCUGUUAUCGCUACCCAGCCCGAGAUGGACAAAGCAGACACCCAGAAGGCCAUUGACGCCGCCGCAGCCGCCCUGCCCGCCUUCAGCAAGCUCACCGGCCGCGAGCGCGCCCGCCUGCUGCGCAAGUGGUACGACCUGAUGAUCGAGAACGCCGACGACCUGGCCAAGCUCAUAACAUGGGAGAACGGAAAGCCGCUGGCGGACGCGAAGGGCGAGGUUACCUACGCCGCGAACUUCUUCGAGUGGUUCUCUGAGGAGGCGCCGCGCGUCUACGGCACCAGCAUCCCCUCGACCGUUGCCGGCAACCGCGUCUUCACCCGCAAGGAGCCUGUCGGCGUGUGCGGUCUGAUCACGCCCUGGAAUUUCCCCGCCGCCAUGAUUACCCGCAAGAUCGGCCCUGCGCUGGCAGCCGGCUGCACCGUCGUCGCGAAGUCGCCCGGCGAGACCCCGUUGACGGCCGCCGCCAUUGCUGAGCUCGCUCACCGCGCCGGCAUCCCCAAGGGCGUCGUCAACUUCGUGACUGCACUGCACAACACGCCCGAGGUCGGCGAGGUCAUCACCACCUCGCCCAUCGUCAAGAAGGUCUCGUUCACCGGUAGCACCAACGUCGGCAAGCUCCUCAUGAAGCAAUCAAGCAGCACGCUUAAGAAGCUGUCCUUCGAGCUCGGCGGCAACGCACCCUUCAUCGUCUUCGACGACGCGGACCUCGACACCGCCGUCACCGGCGCCAUCGCCAGCAAGUUCCGCAGCUCGGGCCAGACGUGCGUGUGCGCGAACCGCAUCUACGUGCAGCGCGGCAUCUACGACAAGUUCGCCACCGCCUUCGCCGAGAAGGUCAAGCACUUCAAGGUCGGCGGCGGCUACGAUGAGGGCGUCACGCACGGCCCGCUCAUCCACGACCGCGCGGUCGGCAAGGUCGCUCAGCACGUCGAGGACGCGGUCGCGCACGGCGCCAAGGUGCUCAUCGGCGGCCAGAAGCUGCCCGAGCUGGGCGACAACUUCUUCCAGCCCACGGUGCUCCGCGACGUCACCACCGACAUGCGCAUCGCCCACGAAGAGACGUUCGGCCCCGUCGCCGGCCUCUUUCCCUUCGACACCGAGGCUGAUGUCGUGCGUAUGGCGAAUGACACCGAGGUCGGCCUGGCUGGCUACUUCUUCAGCAAGGACGUCCAGCGCGUGUACCGCGUCGCCGAGGCGCUCGAGGUCGGCAUGGUUGGCGUCAACACUGGCAUUAUCUCUGACCCGGCUAGUCCGUUUGGUGGUGUUAAGGAGAGCGGCUUCGGGCGUGAGGGCAGCUUUUUGGGUAUUGAGGAGUACGUCGUUACGAAGACUAUUACGCUUGGUGGUAUGGGUCAGCCGCUGCAGGGUUCGUCGUAG